CACCGCUGGAUCGGACAAACUCGAGCCCUCACCCGCUGUCGAAGAAGGAUUAUUCCUUAUGAUUAUUCUUCUGGCAUAGGUGCUCCCCCCCUCUCCCCCCCCAAAAUCCGGUGGAUCUUGAGCCGGCCAGCCUCGAUGGUGCUGCUCCACCACCUCCAUCCAUCGUCCGUCCCUCAUUCACUCACCCACCCACCACCCAUCGUCUCUCCCCUCCCUCACUUCUCUCUCUCUCUCUCUCUCUCUCUCUCUCUCUCUCUUCCACCUCCUCACAUCAUCCACUGCCAUCUCCUCAUGCCUUCUCUGCCAGAUCCGACCGGUCUGGCUGUGGCUGUUGAUCUCCCUGCCCGUCAGCAUGGUCCGAGUGCCACGCGGCUGUCAGGCUUGCGCUGACGCCCAUCUUCAGUGUGACGGGAAAUCCCCUUGUGGCCAUUGUAAAGGCCGCCUGGUGCCCUGCUUCAGCCAGGCCCGCACCUUCAAAUUCCGCAACGAAGGCCCUGGCCUCCAGCAACGCUACCGUUCUUCGCCCCCAUCGUCGUCCACCUCCCCCCCGUCCAACUCCACUCCUCCCUCCGCUGCAUCCACCGCAACCACUACUACUAGUUCUCCUCCCCCCCGCCCAGGCCCGGCCCGCGGGCGCGACGUGCAAUUCGCGCCGGUGCCGCUGCCCGUGCCGCUCCCCAUGGAUGAGACGGUGUCGCCCUCGCUGACCGUCACGGCGGUCGCCGCCCAGCAGACUCAGGUCUUCACCAACUACGUUCUCACUGCGUUUCCUUGCUUUUUUAAAUGCACCGAAACUCGCGUGCCGGUCAACUGGGUCGAAUAUGUCGACCGGCGUCGUGGGGCCAUGAAUUCGUGCUUCGACUGGGCCAUCCGCGCCUGCACCCUCGCCUACUCCGGCGCGCUCUACAACAUCCCUGAAUUCCAUGAGGCCGCGCGCGCCUUUUAUACUCGCUCUCUGCGCGGCCUCGCCAGCCUGAUCGCCGACGAGUCGACCGCCAAAUCCGACGAAGCACUCUCCACCGCCAUCGUACUCGCCGUCUUCGAGAAACACCACUGCACCGAGCCCCAGGCGUGGAUCCACCACGCCCACGGCAUUCGCGCCCUGCUGAAACUCCGAGGGCCUAAAGCCCACCUGCACGGCUUCGGUCGUGCCAUGUACAUCGUCUACCGGCCGAUCCUCAUCGCCGCGGCUCUCAUCGAGGGGGAAGCAUGUUUCCUCGAGGAGCCUGAAUGGCACUCCCUCAACGAGCAAAUCUCCACCGACAACGCCAAACUCCCGGAUUCCUCCCUCUACACCGACGUCGUCGAUCGCGGGCUCCGCGAGAUCAUCAAAAUUCCGGGCUACGUCAAACGCAUCCGCGAACUGCUCGCCCUGCCGUUGACCCAACGGGCGAAACUCGAGCCUCCGCUGCUGCAGAGUAUCCAAGCCACCCGCGCCGCCCUGCGCGGCAUCCACACCGAAUUCGGCGUCUCCAUCUCGAUGCUGCGCGCCGGUCACGCCAAACCCCGAGGCUUUAUCGGCCCGCUCCCGGAGUUCUUCUUCGAAGGAUACUCCGCCCAUGUCACGCGGGGGGUCCAUUCCGCCCUGCUGAUCCUGGAUUACCUGGUUGUCAUGCUCGAUCCGAGCCAACGCUCGACACUACCGAAAGAGUCUCUGCAGUUAUGCGGCCCGUCAUCCCCGACCGAUACGCUCAGUCCGACCCCGUCGGACGACUCGCCCAUGACCCCGCCUGGGUCCCCGGGUCAGCCCCAGCUGGUGGUGGAAUCGCUGAUCACGCCGACAUUGAAGCAGGGGCCGACGACGGACUGGAUGGAUCAGUUGACGUCGACGAUGGGGAUGGAUGGGGUGCGCGUGCGGAUUGUGGAUGUGGAUUAGUUGCUUUGGUGGACGGUGCGUGGCGUUGUGGAUUGGAUUCUCAGAUACCCUUUGUUAGAGCUUUCUUGAUCGGAUGGGUGGAUAUUGGAUGGAUGGAUGGUGGAUGCACAAAAGUCAC